AUGUCAGGAAUUAAAUCGAGUCAAUGCAGUGAAUAUGGUGAAUUGUGCAAGCCUUAUGAACGGCAGCCAUGUUGUAACUCAACUUUGAGUUGUAUGGUCUCACAUUUGGAGAUAAAAUUUUUCUGCAUGAAAAUAGGUGAUGUCAUACUGGACCAAUCAUGUUCCGGAAACGAAGAAUGCCAAGGAAUACCUUAUGCGCACUGUUCUGAAGGGAAGUGUCAAUGCAAGCCUCAACACAAUAAACUGAAUGACACUGCAUGUGCGCCGAUACUGGGUAUCUUCUGUUGGAGUGAUAGUCCAUGUGCAGAUAUCAAUGCAGUCUGCAUUGACCAUAGGUGUCAAUGUCGGGCUGGAUUUCUGGCUCAGUCUCACGAUAAGUGCAUUAAUAAUUUUUUGGAAAGUUCCUGCAAAAAAUCCACCGAUUGCGACGGCAUACUUCAUUCCAAAUGCUCUGAUAAAGAAUGUACAUGUCUAUCAGGUUAUAUUCCGGUAAACAAAACCACGUGUGCGCCUCUUUUAGGCGAAUUUUGUUGGAGAUCUGAAAAAUGCGCACCAGAUAAUUCCGUCUGUGUCAAUAAUGAGUGUCAAUGCAGUGAAGACUACUCUCGGCAAUCUAACGACCGUUGUUUGCCGACUUCUUUGGGCCAGUUCUGCAGAUUUAAUAAAGACUGCAAUGCAAUUAAGUACUCAGUUUGCUCUGAAAAUACCUGCAUUUGUCAACCGAAUAGUGUUCCAGCGAAAGGCAACAGAUGCAAAUCUCUCCUUGGUGGAGUUUGUGGCUACAAGAUUGAUUGUUUUCCUCGUAAUGGACUCUGCGUUGACCAGAGGUGUCAAUGUCGUCAUAAUGUUCUUCCCCAGUCAAAUGCUAAAUGUACAGUUGGAUUUGUUAAAACGACGUAUGCGAAAAUGAGAAGAGACGAUCCGGCCAGGUGUUCUGCCAACGGAACUUGCACUUGUGAACCGAAGCACGCUGCAUUGAACGACACAAUUUGUGCUCCUGGUUUGGGAGAAGGCUGCAACUACUUGUGUCUUACGGACAAUGCAGCCUGCAUUGAUAAUAAGUGUCAAUGCAAGUCAAAGUACGCAAUGCAGGCUCGGAAAUUUUGCAAACCGACGCAAUUGCACUUGGCUUGUGCGUUCGACGUCGACUGUAAUGACGUCGAGCAUGCAAAAUGUUCGAACGGUAAGUGUGUGUGCAGGGAAAAAUAUGCGGAGGUCAAUGUAAAGACAUGUCGGCCGCUGUUAGGAGGAUCUUGUAGAUCAGACAGUGACUGCUUCACUGACAAUGCGAGCUGCAUUGACAAUCAGUGUCAAUGCAACGAAUAUUUCGUCGCUGCAAAUAAUUCGUGCCUGCCAAUUGAAAAGUUUUGUAAUGUCAAUGCCGACUGCUCGGAUAUAGAGAGUGCGGAGUGUUCCGACAAUGUAUGCAAAUGCAAACCGAAUUUCCGGAGGUUCAACAGUAUCGUGUGCGAACUGCUAUUGGGAGGAAGUUGUAUAAGCGAUGAGCAGUGUCGGAUACCGAAUUCUUCUUGCCUACUGAAUAAGUGUCAAUGCACUGAAUAUUAUGUUGCAAAUUCAAAAAAUCGAUGUACAUUGUUUCCGAAAAGUAUGCCAUGUCCUAAUACUUGUAAAUUUACUAUUAAAAUUUCACUGAUUCUCUUUACAGUAACCCUAGGACAGCCUUGCAUCGAUAACGAUGACUGUAAUACGAUACCUCAUGCCGUUUGCUCCAAUAAAAUUUGCGCUUGCAACAAAAACUUCAUCGCACUCGACGAGGAAACAUGCUUGCCUGUACUCGGCGGACAUUGUCUCGAAGACCUUGAAUGCCGUUAUAACACAACCGAGUGCAUUAAUAACAAGUGUCAAUGCAAGGAAUCUUUUAAAGCUGUUUCUAGUCAUCAGUGUCGAAACAAAUCUUCGAUAGCUUUCUGCAAAGAUGUCACAGAAUGCGGUGACCGUUGGCAUUAUCAAUGCAGUGACGGCAAGUGUAUUUGCGCGGACGACAACAUCCUUGUUGACAUCUGGACCUGUUCUCCGAUGAUCGGCGGAGCUUGUUGGGCGGAUCAUCAAUGUGUUGUUGAAAAUUCGAGCUGCGUUGAUUUUAGAUGUCAAUGCAAGCCUAAUUAUGUCGUAAUAGCUAAUAAUUUGUGCUUUAAAAAUAACUUAUGAUUUAUGAUGAUUUUUAAUACUAU